UCGCGGGACCCCGACGAGGAGCGGAAGCGAGGCGGUAGUACCGCUUCAGCGACCGGACGACGGCGGCGGCGGCGACGGAGACUGUGGCGGUGACGGCGGCGGGAACAGUCGCUGCCCUCGCGGAGCAGCAGCGGGGUCGGCGGCCGCUCGCACCGUUGCGGAGGGGCCGGCCGGGCGCGGAGCGGAGCAGCUGCGCCACGGGUGGCAUUGUGUGUCCCGGCGUGCAGGAGCGAGUCCCAGCUGAGAGGCGAGGCUGAGCCCAGAGCACUGGGUUGCUUCAGCAGGGAAGACUCCCUUCCCCCCUGCUUCAGGCUGCUGAGCCCUGAGCCCCGCUCAGAAUGGAAGCCAUCGCCAAAUAUGACUUCAAAGCCACCGCAGACGACGAGCUGAGCUUCAAAAGGGGGGACAUCCUCAAGGUUUUGAAUGAAGAAUGUGAUCAGAACUGGUACAAGGCAGAGCUCAAUGGGAAAGACGGCUUCAUCCCCAAGAAUUACAUAGAAAUGAAACCACAUCCGUGGUUUUUUGGCAAAAUCCCCAGAGCCAAGGCAGAAGAAAUGCUUAGCAAACAGCGGCACGAUGGGGCCUUUCUUAUCCGAGAGAGCGAGAGUGCUCCUGGGGAUUUCUCCCUCUCCGUCAAGUUUGGAAAUGAUGUACAGCACUUCAAGGUGCUCCGAGAUGGGGCUGGAAAGUAUUUCCUCUGGGUGGUCAAGUUCAAUUCUUUGAAUGAGCUGGUAGAUUAUCACAGAUCUACAUCCGUCUCCAGAAACCAGCAGAUAUUUCUCCGGGACAUAGAGCAGGUGCCACAGCAACCGACGUACGUCCAAGCCCUCUUUGACUUUGAUCCCCAAGAGGAUGGAGAGCUGGGAUUCCGUCGGGGAGACUUUAUCCACGUCAUGGAUAACUCAGACCCCAACUGGUGGAAAGGGGCUUGCCACGGGCAGACUGGCAUGUUUCCACGCAAUUACGUCACCCCCGUGAACCGGAACGUCUAAGAGUCAAGAGAUUAUUUAAAGAAAGCGAAAAAUUUUAAACACGUACAAAAGAAUUAAACCCAUGAGCUGCCUCUAUCAGCAGCCUGUGAGGGAGCUCAGAAUACCCAGCUGGGUCACCUGGUGACCCUCUCACUUUGGUUGGAACUCUGGGGGGUGGGCGGGGGAGUUGGAUAUAACAAUGCCAAAACUUACCUAUAAAUUAAGAAAAGAGUUUUUAUUACAAAUUUUCACCACUGCUCCUAUUCCUCCUCCUUUGUCCUUUUUUUCAUCCUGUUUCCUCUUCUGUCCAUCAGUGCAUGACAUUUAAUGCCACAUAUAGUCCUAGCUGAUGCCAAUAAUAAAAGAAAAGAAACCA